CCAGGCUGGGCUCCAGAAACGGGCGGAGCCUCCAAGCGGUCUCUUGGCAACCGGAUCUGGCCACCAAACCGCCAAAGCUUGAGCUUGGAGCGCGUUGCCCCCUGGGAAUUGUAGUGUCGUUGGGAGGAGUCUUAGGAACUUCGAGACUGCAGGCCCGGAGACUUGGGACUACAAUUCCCGAUGUCCACCACGAGGGCCCGUGGGUGGGAAGAAGCCUGGAGAGCUGCGUCGCGGAGUCCUUGCUCCCCAGUGACAGCAGCGGCAGGGAGCAGGACGGCGCCUGACGGGCGCGGAGGCCUCUUGUUCUUGGAGGGGAGAACACUGGACACUUCCCCACGCAGCUCCCAUCCCUGGGCCCCGAGUCUGUGCAUGGCGAAGUCCCCGGAGAACUCUACCCUGGAGGAGAUUCUGGGGCAGUAUCAACGGAGUCUCCGGGAACGCGCAAAUAGAAGCAUUCACCAGUUGAAAUGUGCCCUGAAAGAAGGUGAUACCACUCUUGGAGAAGAUGGGCUGGAUCCUUCCUUUAAUACCAGUGUAGGGAAUGAAGAUGCAAGGGCUGCCUGGCAUGAGCUGCAACACAGCCAUGCUGGUGAGUAUGAAGUUAAUCAGCUAAAAGCUUUGCUGCACCAGCAAGCAACUAGGGAAGGUGAAGUAUCUCCAAGAAGACGAAAAAUGUCUCCUUCGCAGUCAUCAGAAUAUGAGGACACCAGUCUGCCUACUGUACACAAUCUUGUUCCUAUCAUCAAUGACCAGUCUCAGUACAUUCACCAUUUAGAGGCAGAGGUCAAGUUCUGCAAGGAGGAACUCUCUGGAAUGAAAAAUAGGAUACAAGUAGUUGUGCUUGAAAAUGAAAGGCUCCAACAAGAGCUGAAAUCUCAAAGACUCGAGGAAACGAUGAGGGAACAAACACUUCUGGAUGCAUCUGGAAACGUGCAGAAUUCUUGGAUUACUGCAGGUGAAGAUUCUAGGGUGGAUGAAGAUGCCAAGAGAUCAUUUUCCCAUGGCAAUGUGGAUAUUAUCAAAGCUGCAUCUGCUGGUGAGGCUGCGAAAUGGAAGCUAGAACUGGAGAAGCUAAAACUUAUUUAUGAGGAAAAGAAUGAAAUCCUGGAAUCUCAAUUGAAGUUUUUGAGGAAAGAUUUGGCUGAGUCUCAGAAAAAUUGUGAAGAUCUUAAAGAGCGACUAAAGCAUAAAGAGUCUCUUCUUGCUGCUAAUAUUCCUAACCGUGUUGGUGGUCUUUGUUUGAAAUGUGCUCAGCAUGAAGCUGUUCUUUCCCAAACUCACAAUAAUGUUCACAUGCACACCAUUGAGAGGCUGACUAAAGAAAGAGAUGACUUAAUGUCUACGCUAGUUUCCGUAAGGAGCAGCUUGACGGGUAUGCAGCAAAGAGAAGCAAGUGCUUACGAGCAGGUGAAACAAGCUGUGCAAAUGACUGAGGAAGCCAAUUUUGAAAAAACCAAGGCUUUAAUACAGUGCGAACAGUUGAAGAAUGAACUGGAAAGGCAGACAGAGCGACUUGAGAAAGAACUUGCAUCUCAGCAAGAAAAAAGGGAUUUUGAGAAAGAGAUGAUGAAAAAAGAAAUAACAAAAGAAAAAGAGGACAGGGCAUCAGAGAUGUUGACCGUGUCUCAGAAUGUUGCCCAACUGGAGGCCCAGGUGGAAAAGCUUACAAGAGAGAAGAUUUCAGCUGUUAAUCAACUCGAGGAAAUUAAAAACCAGCUUGCUUCCCAGGAAAUGGAUGUCACAAAGGUGUGUGAAGAAAUGCGUUAUCAAUUGAAUAAAACCAAAAUGGAGAAAGAUGAGGCAGAAAAGGAGCAGAGAGAGUACAGAACCAAAACUAUAAGAGAUCUUGAAAUUAAAGAUCAGGAAAUAGAGAAAUUGAGAUUAGAACUGAGUGAAAGCAAGCAGCACUGGGAACAGGAGCAGCUGAAGGCAGCCCGGGCCAGAGAGGAGUGCCUGCAACUGACAGCACUGCUGGGCGAAUCCGAACACCAACUGCACCUCACCAGACUGGAAAAAGACAGCAUUCAGCAAAGCUUUAGCAACGACGCGAAGGCCCAAGCCCUUCAGGCCCAGCAAAGAGAGCAGGAGCUGACACAGAAGAUACAGCAAAUGGAGGCCCAGCAUGACAAAACUGAAAAUGAACAGUACUCAUUGCUGACCUCCCAGAAUACAUGUCUGACAAAGUUAAAGGAAGAGUGCUGUACAUUAGCCAAGAAACUGGAACAAAUGUCUCAGAAAAGCAGAUUCUAAGAAGCCUGAGUUCUCAGCUCUGACAGUUACUAAUCUUGGACAAAUUCAUUUGACCUGCUUGGAUUGUGGUUUCCUCUUGUAUAUGAAUGAUGUUGAACAGAAUCCCUUUGAGUUGAACUCAAAAGAAAUCAUUCACUUAAAUAGCUAGGAAUCAAAUAUCACGUUACAGUAUAACCUAGUGAGAAAAUAACCUGUAUAUCUUCUCUUCUGCAUUUUUCUGAAACUCACUUAGAUCUACAAAGAGCAACCAAUAGGGCUCGGCAAACCAACUACUGACUUAAGUGUCUCAUUCAGAAAGAAUUUUCAUGAGAGUCAGAGUAUAUCUGAUCCCUCUGACCCCUGUCUUUGGUUCCUGCAUCAAUGAGCUGGCUUAGCUGAUGGAAUCCCCCUCCCUGAAUCUUUUGGGACUUAUGAAUUCAAUUCUUUCUGCUCACAGGAAGGCAGAAGCUCUUACAACCACCCCAGAUAUACUCUGACCAUGCACCUUCUUAGCAAAUACUAAUUAAAUAUCUUGUUUGGGUAGGGAAAAAGCUCCAGGUGCCAGAAUACCUGGUAUUUUCAGGAAAUUUGAUUAGGAAACUCAAAUGAUUUUGCAUGGAAGAGACCCUCAUAACAUAUCAACGGCAGGUAUUCCUAACUAGAAAUAUUUUAUUUGCUUCACAUAGAUACAAACAAACAAACUGGAUUAGUAAUUUAAGAAAAAAUAUUCUGAACUGGGGCUUAAAAGAUUCUGUUAAGAUUGCUUUGGGGUUGAUCAUUGAUUUACUUAUCUUGAUGUCUAAGGAGACAUAAUUCAGGAAGUAUGUAAAAGAGAAAAAGAUGCUAUAUGCUUGGUAUAUAUUAAUUCUCACGACGGCUUGAGACAGGAAUUGUUAUCUUCUUUUACAGAUGACGAAACUAACACUCAGAGUGUUUAAGUAGCUAGCAAGUGGGAGCACUAGAGUUCGAACUUAGAUAUUUCUGGUUCAAAGCCUGUGAUCUUUCUUACAAUAAGUAUAAUGCUUUAUAUCUACUACUAAAGAAAAUUCAGGCCAAAGUAGUUAUGAUGGGAAAGUUUAGGAAAGAAAAAUUAAUCUUAAAAUUCCCGUGGAGAAGUAAACAUAUUUGACAUGUGAGGGUUAACCUGUGAGUCUGAGUCAACCUGUGCCCUUGCCCCGACGCCUUCCAGGCUCUAGGUCUAUCAGCUUACUUCGUUCUGGUCUAGUGAACUUGAAUCUCCACCUCUCUUCAGCCCCUCUCACUUCUGAUUCUCCUAGCUCCUGACUGCUACUCUGUAAAUGGAGUGUGUUCCUUUAUGUCUGACACACAGAUGGCACUCCAUACAUAUUUAUUGAACGAAUGAAUGAAAUAGACAAGUGUGGUGCUACCCCCCAUAUCCUGAUCUGACUCUGGUUCCAGACUAUUCCUUUGUUGAUGACAGGAAGUGUGCAGUAAAAGACACUUUGGAAUUCAGAAAGAAGAGGGUUUGAAUCUCGCUCUGCCACUUAGCUUCAUAACCUUGGGUACAUCGCUUAAUCUAUCCAGACCUCAGCUUCUCCAUCUGUAAAGGCAUUUCAAAACCACGUUGAGAAUUGUUGUGGGAAUGAGAAAUGGAAAGAAAUAUAUAGGUGCAUACGUACACACAGCACCUGACACAGUGCCUGACGCACAGAAGUAUCCAGCAGGGGCUGUUGCUGUCACUGAUGGCAUCAUUUUAAGGCUCUUGACUGGCAGUUAGGAUACCCCUUCACCGAGGUGUUACUGGCCUUGCCAGCGUCUGAGUGUCGUAGUUUUCAGACAGACGUAAGGGCUGUACCACAAUGAAAACCUUUUUCAAGGCAAUACGGGAUCAGGAAAAUGUGGAUUUGAUUGUGUUCCAGGUCCUGCUCUGGCACCUUGUUUUGUGAAUCUGAAGAGUCAAAAUACGCAUUUACUGUAACUUUACAAAUUGAUCCAAAACAAAAACCUAGCAAAUAGUAAAGACGAGAUAAAUUGUUACUUCUUAUUGCUAAAACUUUUAAGGGCCCCUGAAGUUUACAAAAAUAUGCAUUUUGUGUGUGUCUCACAAGAAAUUGAUAGGAUAAAUUGUAUGAUUUGGGUUUUUUGUUUGUUUGUUUGGUUGUUUACUCUUAAUUUCUGGUCAGUCCAGUCUCAUUUCCCUGUGGCUUCCUACACGAAGACAUUCCAUUUUGAUAUUACCUUUGCUUUGAAAGCACCUGUAAAAUAUGACAGUCUCCAAGUGUUUCUUUUUAAAUAUAUAAAAACCAUAAACUUACUAAGCCUUGUAGAAGCCCUCCAGGAAUGAGGCUCUCCAGACCCUCUACCCAACUUUUGGGAUAAUUCAUUUUCCUUGUGUUUUGAGAUGAGAAAAUCUUGAAGUUUUUUGAGCUUUCUAAAGUGUUGUCAUUGUGGAAGCUCAGUCUCCAAAAUAAUUAUUUAAACCAUAUGUUAGUUUUAAUCCAGGUUUUCCUCGAAAUAAACUGUAGUAAAAUUUUUCCUGAAAGUAGGUGUAUUUAUUCCAUGUUGACCAACAAUUUAAAACAUUUUUUUUGGUCUAAGAGUUUCAUGUUAUUCAAAAUCCCAUACUAAACAAACAGAGUCAUACCAUUUAAACCAUUUAAAAUAGCUUUUUUGGAGCUCAGAGAACUAGUCCUUUUACUAGAGCCCCUGCAGAAUCACUGGGAAAGCUGACAGUCUGGGAGCAUCGUUCCCAGACACUCUUGCUCUUUACCCCGUCCUCAUGCUAGGCUGCUUUGUGAAAGUGUUUAGAAAUGGUUCCUCCCCGUGUGUGUCUGUUGUAUGUGUUUCCCCGCAAGGAGACGUGAGUCGCAUCGUGUGAGAGGCAGUGCCUCUUACUUCUGUUCUCAGCAAGCCCUCCACAGUGCUGAGCCAGUGCUUCCUGCGCUGUGUGCCUUCCACACUGCUCUGCGGUGUCUGUAACCCCAGGGUUUGUGAAUGGCACAUCCCAUUUUAAAACUAAGAGUGAACUGGCAAUUCCAUGUGUUUUAUAUAGCCUGUUUUUGACGAUCAGACAAGAGAAUUAAUUCCAUUUUGCUUUUAAUUAGCACCAGAUAGACAUUCUGUUUGAUUUUAGACGAAACUCACAAACGUUAGCUCCCUUUUGUCUUUAUUCCCCAGGACUCGGAGAGCUUAUUACAGUGAUAAGGUUGUUUUUGAAGUUGGUAAAUGGAGAUAUUUAAAUAUCUUUGGUGCGACUGUGAUUUUUCUCUAUCAAAGUGAAGGAAGUGUUCCCUUUCCCCAGGCGUUUAGAUGAAUCAGCACUAAAAUGUUUGCAGUGUAGUUUGUAGUGCGAUCUGAAACGUGGCCUGGGAAGAGCUGGGAAAGGUUGGGUGCUGGCUAGGAGUGAGCCUCUGCCAGCUCAAGAACGAAGGUCCCACUUGUGCUGGGUUUUCACCUCACAACCCUUGUGCCUCCACUGCAAAGAGCAGGGCAUAGAGCGUAGACCUGGGUUUAUGUGGUUUUACUUCGCUUCUUUCUUUCCUGUCAUUGUCGCUUUCUGGGUUGCUAGGCUUGUGGAUUGAUGUCUACCACUACCCAUUGUGUAUUUGUGAUUUGCGCUUUGUAAUUAAGAGGAACAAUGGGAGUCCACUGGGUCUCGUUAUAUAUAAUGGUUGGUUUAAUUUGUUUCACUUCUAUCUUGUUAAUUGUAAAUUGAUCAUUAAGAUUUGAAUUCUAAUCUGUCACCAGGGUUGUGAGUAUUGAGGCUAGAGCAAUGAUCCUGGUUUUAAUCACUGAUGAUGAGAAACAAAUUUUAUAAUUUUGGUACAUAUUGCAGUUCAUAUAUUUUAACACUGUAUUUUAUGGUGUUAUAAAUAUUGUUAAAUGACUUUUAGUGUAGUUUUACUGUGUGGACUAUAAUGUAUAAAUUAUAUUACUGUUUUGGCAACAGUAGGUAUCCAACUGUGUGAGUUUAAUUGAAGUAAAGAACACAGACUCCGUUGAACAGUUUUUUUUUUCCCUUGCAUGUUUAGAUGAUGUUAGAUUGGGAUGCUACAAAAUUAUAUUCUACAAGAAGAAACUGAUAUUGGCCUCUGCUAAUUGUUACCAAAAGUCUAAUGAGAAUCUAAAAGAAUAAAAAAUUAAGGGGUCAUGUUUUUCCUUAAAAUGCAAUUAUCACUGUAAUGCUAAUUAUAGUAGUAAAAUAUUAUACUUCAUGCAAAUGUAAUUACACAAUAUAACUGGUAUAUAAAAAUGCAGCGAGAAGUUCAUGCUUCUGUAAAGCUAGAAAUUACCUAAAUUUUCUAUGAAAAUGGAUUAAAGUCAAUUAUCCUUUUAUAUGACGCUAGGAUAAUCAUGCCACAAAUGUAACCUCAAGAUAACUAGAAGCUUAUAAGUUUACUCUUUGAAACUUGCAAACUGCUAGUGCUUUCAAUAUGUCAUGGGCUCUGGACAGAUAAAAGAUGAUGUCCGCGUACAUAUACGAAAUUUUUCUUGAACAUUGGAAGUUGGUAGACAAAUUAUCAUUAUAAACAAAGAAAAACACACACAUAAAAUAUGCAAAGCAGAAAAAUUCUGUAGCAAUAAAGUACCUGAUAGUAAUAUGUACUUUACAAAUAACACAUUUUUGAAAUUAUGUAUAUAAGAUAUCCUUAAUGUAGAGCAUUUGGAUAUAAGUACGAAGAAGUGUAAGAAAAAAAUUUUCUGUGACGUUACCAUCCAACUAACUUUUGAUAUAUUUCCUUUCAGUCAUUUUCCAUGUGUAGGUAAAUGUGUUCGCAUGCAUUUAUGUUGUGAAUGAGCUUAUAUUAUGUACACAGUUUUGCAUUCUGCUUUUUGACUUAAUAUUAUCUGAUGAACAUUUUUCUACAUUAGUAAAUCCUCUGGAACCAACAUUUUAAUUGAAUCAUUUGUGUGUAUAAUAAUUCAUCAGAACUGUUAGCUGUUUCUAACUGUAAUGAAUAAUAUAAUAAUACUUUUAUGCAUAGAUCUGAAUUUUUGAUGAUUCUCACUUGAGUUGUCUAAAAGGGGAUUGCUGGUCUAAAGACUCUGAACCCUCUUAAGGCUGUUAAUGUUUAUGACUUUGCUCAGGUACUACACUAAGUUCUGUUCAGUAUAUAUGUAUGCAUACCAGUGUGUGACAAAGAGAAGUGAAAGAUUAAAAAAAAAAAAAA